AUGGAGUUCGCCCCGAACUCCUCUUUAGAAAAUCGUAAGUUUUUAAGAUAAAGAAUGAUAUUGCAGAAUUUUAAAAUCUCAUCCUAUAACAGAAUUCAUCAUUUGCACUCUUCACUGAGAAGGGCAUAACACAGCUUUUUAUUUUUUCUACAUUGUCAGUCCUUACAGCACGCUUCAAUAAAAGAUGCGACGCACCAUUCCAAACCAAGUACACAAUGUCUCAUGCAUUCCUGUGGUUUCUACACGCAGCCAACGCUCUGGAAUAUCUCCACGAACACUGCUCACCUACGAAGAUUCAUCGUGACAUUAAACCAGCGAAUAUGCUCCUUUUUGAUGAUUGUCGUUUACUAAAAUUGUGCGAUUUUGGGACUGCCCGAGAAGAGGAUGAAGAUGUCACCUUGCACCAGGGAUCCCUAAAGUAUAUGGCCCCUGAAGUACUUGCCCGUAAGAGAAAUAACCUUUUUAUUAUAGUUUCCAGAUUUGAUAAAAUUAUUUUAAAGAUAAGCAGUUAAAAAGUCAAAUGCGCCGAUAUAAUCAUGUCGUGCUACAGGUAAAGUUCAUUUCUACUAAAUAAUAAACAAGUGUCAUUGAUCUGCAUACGUUAUUUGGAUCUGAGAACCGUUAAUUCUUUCGCUAUUUAAAAGGCAGCAAGAAUGUUGAAUGGAGAGCAUGUUGCGUUGAUAAUCAAACCCUACGAGAGUCGAUGUCUUUUGUAGUUAGAAAACACAUAUAUAGCUCUUAUGCCUUUAUCGGCACAUCUGAAGUAAAUUAAUAAACCCAAAGGGGGACAUAAAACCGUGAAUGUUCGUCCAAUAUUUGCUUCAGGGUCCUUUCUUAAGGCCCUUAUGGAAACAUGCACUGCGUUUUAGCCGCAAAAGCAGACUUCAAACCGAGAAACAAACAAAUUUGUGUGGCAUUAAGUUGAAAUACACAACAUACGCGCGCCAAAAAUGGGGUAUUCAACUUUAUUCUAAAAAUAUAACCUCAGAAGAAAGUCAAGACGUCAUUCAGCACAAGUGUUUCUUGCCUGAAGUUUGCAAGUUUUUUGUUAUGGACGAAGACUACGAAAAUAUCGUUUACUUUGGUCAUUUGACCAGCUACAAGAGCUGUCUGGAACGCCCUUUUUCUGACCACCUGAUCAGGGCCGGAAAUUCAGAUCUACUAGUCAUCUACAAUAAUCGCCAAGAGCCCGAAAUAGUAAAACUGCCGGAAUAAUGCUUUGUCCAGUUUCUACGUAAGAAAUAAAUGGCCUAUUCGGAGCGCAUACACGUUGUGCGAAAAUGACUCUGCAUUGUUUGAGAAAUGUGUCAACAGGAAUCCCGCUCUUUUCACUUGUACGCUAAAAGGGUGUUCCAUUAUAAGACGAAGGAAAAUUGUUGAUUAAUAUAAAAAUAAAGUUUUGCAGUUUUCAUACAAGUUUAUAACACAACAGUCCAUACUAACAACUUGGCCGCUGUAGUAUGCAGUGAGCAACAAUUGUAUAAUUAAGUUUAGAUCGGUUCUGACUCGAGCAUUUUAUGAAGGAAUGUCCGCACCGUUUACGAUUUUCCCCGUUUAUCAGCUAGAACCAGUGAAAGGCCAAAACGCUACGACCGAAGUGCAGAUAUUUACAGUCUGUGCGCAUCCUUCUGGGAGGUUUUUACUCGCUCGGAUUAUUCCAAAACCUUCCAACCAAUUGAAGGCUGUCCGAAAAUUGUGCAGGACCUGUUAAAGCGGUAUGUUGCAAAAUUUAAUUGCAUUGAUAUCCUCACCGCAUAUGCUUAAUAGCUCCUCGUACAAAUGAGGUAGGUGGAGCGGGCUCCAUCUUAAGUCCUUUUGGUAGCAAAGAGGAACCAUUUGUUUACGGUUUAUGAAUCAUUGUCACCAGUAAAUUAAUUGGCCAAGCGAAGCCUCACCCCACUUCAAAUAAUGUCGUGAGGAAAAAAGCGAGAAAACGCCCAUUAUUUUGGGAUCUAAUAAAUUUUCAGUGAAAAACCUGUAAACGUCUUCCUUAAAGACAAACUUGAAAACGCAUCUUGCUGGAUAGUUGUGCAAUGCAUCAACCUUAGUUUUCAUCUUAUUCCACCAUCUAUCAAUAGUCAGUGGACGGUGUUGUAAGGUAGUAAGAGCAGACAAAUAAUGACACAAAUCCAUUCCUAACAGCAUAAAGCAAUCAUGGAUGAAUGUAAGGAAAGAUGGAGCCUUCGUUUCCAGCUCGCCUGGAAGGUCACUGCUUAGGUGAGUCGUUUCUGGGAAACAAAUUAUUUCUUUGCAUAUGUUCCUACACAUGCGUUACGCUGCAUUAAGGAAACCGUAAUGUCCGGAAAUCGGCAACUUACUAUGUCCGGGACAAUUUCGGGCUCCUUUCAGUGGGCACAAUGAUUUUUGCUUGAAUGUCUUCCAUUCAUUAAGGAAGGCUUUUCAAAUUUUUAUCAUUGGAAAAUUCUGCGCAGCCGACUGCAGAACCCACUUCAACUUCUCUUAUUUCGAUUGGGCCAUUUGGGUGCUAUUUUAAUCUGAGAGUAAGCUACUGGUCUUUCGGAGUGUGAACAAGGUAAAGAACAAGCCCGGCCUCUUCAAACGAUUAGUGACUCACUGGUUCCGCGUGCAACUGCACGUGUUGAAAGCUCUGACACCCUGUUUUCUUCCAGCUAUAGGUAAGGAUUGUUAAUACAUUGCCAAUAUAUUCUUUGCGCAGUAUUAUGUAGUUCAAUUUAACUGGGGACUUUUGAGUGGAAUAAGCCGCAAAAUGGUCGUUAAGUCCUCUUGAACUCAUUGAUUCUCCAUUCACAUGUCUUACUUACUUGAGUAAGGUCUUACUUCUAUUCCCUUGCUAAAAAUAAAGGUAUAUUUUGGCAUGCAAACCGAGAUCUUGUGUAGAACGUGUUGAGAUUUUUUGUACUGACAUGUACCAAGGGGAAGGAGGGGAAGGGGAGGCUGCCUAUAUCACCAGGCCACUGAUUAGGACUUUAUACAGCAGCAAAAAGCGAGGAGGCCAAAUGACAUUUCCGGCAAAGACCCCUUGAUUCAGGUGUUUUAUGACAGUAUGUUAUUACCGACAAAGACAAGGACGACUGGGAUGACCACCUCUGGCUUAGCAUCCAUCGUCAGCCAGUCACACCCAAUCCCGAAGUGUGAAACACCUGGGGCUCGGUCCCGCGACCUGUUGGUUAGAAGUCCAGCGCCCUAGCCACUGAAUACUGGCUCGUUGUCCUGUCGGCUACGGUCAGGUAUAUACAAUGGUAGAAGGCACUCGCCGAUCGUGUUACGGAACUCACUCGUCUCGUCGGGCCACACAGAUCCCAAUUGGCGGCUUAUGAGUCCUCAAAUUGAUGUGCGUUACAUCUCAAAUGUUGGGAGUUGUUGUGUGCGCAUUUCCAAGCAUGCCGGCCGGCCCCGAUCCAGUUCCUGCGUUGCUCCACAGCAGGUUGAGAACAGGGACGGUGAUUUACGCGUGAAUUAGUCUAUGGUGAUUGCAGACUUGCGUAGCGUCUUCCGCACCCUCUCCUCCUCCCCCACUUGGGCCCGGCGUCACGACACAGUCAAGGACUCUGGGGGCGGGAGAGGAUGCAGGUUUCUGGCGCGGCAAAAACCCUCACCUAUGUGUACCACCACACUACCUGCUCCACAACAUACACUGACCAGUAUUUCAAAAAACAAGACAAAAGGAGAGCACCGCAGAAAGGUUGUUGACCAGAGGGAGAGGACAAAAUUUAAUUGCAUGUCUGUUUUAUCAGCCUAUAAAGAUGUUAUGGAUCCGCAUGGUGAACACAAGAAGACAUCGGUUUUCUAAGAGGCCGUAUGCUGCCGUAGACAAAAUAUCAAAUGCUUGCAGAAAGGAAAUAAUUAAAAAUAACAGUCAUGACUAGACCACCCGGGUGUCAUAGUAGUUCGUUCACUGCGAUCCGGAAUCUCUUAAAGCGGCGACGACUUGUGCAGCAUCUACUUCACUUCAUCUCUCCGCGGACCAACCAUUUGUCAGUGACGGGGCGCAGUUAAGAUGACAGGGAAAUUAACAUGAGCACAGCAGUCGACGCGACUGGAUGACAUACUUCGGCAAAGAAGGGCUGCGCCGUAAUCAGUAAACAGAGCGACGGAUUUACUAAAGUUCUUCAAGCUACAGCCCUUAAUGUGGCGUGGCAGGUUAAAAGCACACUUGAUUUAUCAGUUGAAGAAUAGUCGGCAUUAGGUCCGCUUUGGACCGGUCGCACUCUUGCCUUUAUUUCUCAGCAUUUACAACUUGCGAGGCAAAGUCGAGCGUUUGGGAGGUUGUGAGAUCAAACUCGGUGGCCGACGUAGCUUAAAGCCUCCACUCAACGCUUGCCCCGCAGCUCUUUGGCACCAAUUAGGGUAAUAAUCUACUUAACACGAUUAACUAUGAUCCUUUGGCUCCCAUCAUCCUCCUACGUGUAACCAAUGGGACUAAAUCACUUUAAGAGCAGGCAAAGCCGUUUCCACUUGCGAAGUUAAUAAUAAAACCUUCAGAUGUGCGGUGAUGACGUUCUAAAACCACUUAAUUGCUCUCAGGUGCUAGGGGUUUUCAUGCCAAAAAUAUACACAUUACCAUCUGACUCUUGACAUUCCCAUGUCACUCUUGUUGUAAGUUUUUGUAUGCAAGUACUGCUCCUCUCUUGUAAAUGACGUAGGUUAGAGAAGUUACAGCACUGAGACCGCGUUGGCAUGUGUGCGCCAGCAGGUUACUUCGGAACCAUGCCAGUGCACUGUAAGGCUCUGUUGAUGCCUCGUAGCAGCCUCGAUUUCACUGGCAGAGACCGCGGUUAUUUGGAUAGGAGGUGCCUCGAUAGAGACAUCAAAGAUUCAACGGUUCAAAACUGUGCAGUUUGGCAGUUACUUGGCAGAACUUCCCUCCCUUCCCCAACACGGCCUGAUGAAACAGUAAUUCAGGAUGAACACGACAGAACGUAAGCGUCCAAAUGGUGAUGAACUGAAACUCAGAGCUCGGAACUCCAGUUCUUCAAGAGGCGGGUUUUGAAACGUCAAAAACUGACAAGUGGUGAAUGAACAGUUAGGCAAUUUGAAAAGUCAAGUUGGCAAGCAUGUGUUUUCGGUAAUUCUUCGUCAGGCCAGUAGAGUUAGAUGAAGGAAUGAAAAUGUACAAAAUUAACAGUGUUUAUAGGUGUCCCAAGGGCUAUUAAGUCGUUAGCACUAAUCUUCCCCACUCCGCCCGCAUGGAAAGGUUGGGGGAUUUGGUCCUUAUAGGUAGGGGGGUGGGGUAAGAGAGUCUUUGAGUGAUGUUCUUGGAUUGAGUACGCAGAGUACCCAUCACUGUAAUUAGGGAUUUGGGGCGGCAUGUCGUCAUCACUUGGGGUUGGCGUUGGCCACGGCAGGGAGAGCGCUUGUGUCAGGGUUUUCUGACAGCAUAACACCGGAUUCGCUAGCCGUAUAGCCACUGCCUCGGCCGUUGCUGGUAUCCGCUGGCGUAGGCUUUUAGAGUAGCUUGUUGGUGUCCGAUAGACAAUCUGAAAUGCUUCCUUGACAUCGACUCGGUGAUCCGUAUCGAUUAAAUGUGUGAGAAUGGAACUCGACAUCGAUCGGGUCUCACCUCUGUCUAGUCAGGCAGGCAUAUGUCCACGCACCCUCUUUACCAGGCGUCUCGUUGUACGGUCGAUGUGGUGGAUGAGGUGAGAGAUUGUGUCCCUACAACGGACCACGCGCUGGAUCAACAAGAGGAACCGAAUCAGGACACGGAAGGCGUUAUUGGCGAUGCGCAGCCCAUUACAAAUGCAACACUUGGUGGAUGCUGCUGCACGCCUAGACGCAGACUCGCGCCGCGUCAAUCACCUGCGCCUGACGCCACCUCCGCACUUCACGGCUUUGUCGUGACACCGGGUCCAGGAAGGUGAGGGAAGAGAGCGAGAAUGCGACAGAUGCAGCGCAAGAAUGAUUCACACGCAGGCCACCGCCCCUGUUGCAGGGCACACGGCGGACAUCAUCCGAAAAGACGGUGAACCGUCGGGAGGGGUUCGCACGUUGUGUAUGUGUGGAUGGAGAGAUUCGUGAGGAUGGCAUUUUGUCUGAGCUAUUUUGCCGCAGAUUUCCAUGAGGUGCAUGUGGCCGAGUAGGCCAAUGAGGUGACUGAGUAUCCGAGUGCAUUGUGAGUGGUUUAGGCAGAUCCAGUGGGUGUGCAUAGGGUCUCUAGGUACUGGUCCAGGCCAGCGAGUCAUAGGAAAACCCGAUCGUAAUAAAAAGAGACUGAGAUCAAGUCCGCCUUGCUGCCGAUGGUUGGGGAGGCGUCAGGAGUGUUUUCAACGGUGAUGGGAAUGGGCAUGACGGUAGUCCUUGUCCACGUUCCAAGGUUUGUAGCAGUGCUCGUGGACAUCACGGACAUGGAGCAUUUUCUCACUUUUGCUGGUGGCUGUCCGAGGCGUUAUUGAAAACGGUGCGCGUAGGUGUCUUUUGUCUAUUGAACUCAGUUUUUCGGUGUCCGACGAGUCCAAUUUGUGCCUGAAAUGUCAACUGACGGCGUGGACAAGAGUGAAGGGAUUGGGGUUUUUGGGCUGAGGGUACGGAACGAUUCGGUUGACUUUGAAGGUUGUUACGCCAGUCUACACAGCUCUGGGUGGGGUCCUCCCAGGUCUUCGGGUUGAGUUUUUUGGAUCCCCGAGGGCGAUCCGCAGGGUGUCAUGGUAGCGUUUUAUUUUGCCCUUUUGUCGGGAGGCCUUGUAGAGACUUCGCUGCAGAAGAGUCGCUUGGGUGAUUGCUCGUCAUCUGUCCCCGCGAGGGGUUGCAGUUUCCUCAGAACGGCGUGAAUACUGAUGAUUCCGGUCCAUCCCAGGACUUCGGUAUCCCGGAACCUUUUCUGCCACCUUGGGAUCUUGUUCGGAAACAGCUGAGGUUUAAGUAAUUUAGAUUCCUGGCUCGGUUGGUGCAAACGGUGCGUGUCUCGGCCUCGCAAAGUAGCGUCGUCAGGACAACCUCGCUGCACAUGCUAAGUUCUGCCUUGAGGCGAAUUCCACGGCGGUUCCGGACAGAGAUCUGUAUCCGGCCGAAAACCUGAUGCACUUGCGAGAUUCGGGUCGUUAUUUCUUCGCCGAUCUUAGUGUUGUUUGAGACUACUGCCUCUAUAGGUAAAUUUGUCUACCGAUACCAGUCGACUUCUUUUGAUGUUGAUUCUAGUCGUAGUGUGUCUGUCCGCUUUUGCGGCUUGCUUCACGACAACCGUUUUAUCUGCACCGGUAGUCAGUCCGGUGUGAUCGCAGCCAGACGUGGCGGAAUGCAUUAUACUUUACACAGCUGUUUCUGUCGUGCUAUGAACAUUGGUUGUUACUAUGCGCUACUGCUCAGCCCGACGAAACAACAAUAUCCACAGAGAAAUCGCACACUCCAUAGAGCCGGACUGAGUCUUUGGGAGACGGCCUUAACCCCCCAUCCACAAUCUCCAACGACGCUAUCGACCGGCUGCCCAAUUGGAAACCAAUACUGGUCUGGGCUGUCUGCGUUUUAUCUCAAAAACGCAGAGAGCUCUUCAUCAAGGAAGCAUCAGUAUCCGACGCAAUCCUGGCCGAUAUCUACAAGCACAGUGGUCGUCGACUGACGGACAAUCGCAUCUCGCUGCUCCGGGAGAUGUAACGACAAGGACAGGUUUCUCUGGACUCCAAGGGCGCCAACAUUGUACACAUCUAUCAACGUAAAGACAACCGUCUACUUCGUGCUAACUACAGCUGAGUCUCGCGGAUCAAUAGCGUCGAGGGGAUCUUUAUACAUCUCCUCCUCCAUUGUCUCAACAGCCAUUUGAGGCGCGGGCUCCUCCCCGAAUGCCAGGGUAUCUACCCGACAGCUGCGGGAGAAGUGCUAUGAAGGGCAUACUAAUGUCGACACCACAUUCGUGGAUUUUACAAAGGCCGUCGAUACCGUGAACUGCCACGGGCUCUGCAGGAGUAUGCUGACACGUAGUGCGACAGCUAGUCACGGGCGGUCAGAUCCAGAAGCGUCCUCGGCGACCAAAGGCCUAUAAAACCCCCCUUAAAGUCCGAUCCAUGUGUAAUCAAAGACUGGGUCGUGUUUGGCAUGCGUAGCCCGGUCAUAUGGUCCUGUUAGCCACUAAAUCUACGUCCACAUUGGGUAAUGGAAUAGUCCCAGAAGCGGCCUCUGCAACCAGCGGGGUGGAGGCUGUCUAUCAAGCCGGCCCACGUGGAGUUGGGGUCCCGGUUGUACGUGGCACGCGCAGAUUGGUUGUACGGACCCGUUAGUUAUUUAAUCUGGGUCCAUCUUUGGUCAUCUUGUCUCCAGUUGGAUGUGGUGGACUUGUGGCAGGUACUGUGUGUCCCCUGGACCAGCCAAAAUACCAUGUGUUCUCGUAGGUAGUAAAAUUCGUCUUCCAGGGAAAAUUUAUUGUCAGCGUUUUCUGAAGACCGCAGAACCUUACCAACCUCGUGUGUGUCAAUUUAGAGGCCUUGACAAGGAGGAAGGACGACGGCCGAAGAUAACCGACAUUGUUCGUUUCGUCCAGUUUGUCGUCGAUAAUAUCUCAGCCCUGCCGCCCACAAAGUGCAAUUUGCAGUUUCCGCCGGAAACGUCCGACGAAGAAGACUGUACCGUAUCCGUAAGUGACAAAGACUUCACUAAAAACGGUGCGCGCUGGAGUUUUCCGUUUACCUUAGUUUAUGAUUGCCGUUAAGUCUUCAGGUCACUUCCGUCUGUAGCUUUAAUUUGAUUGGUUGUUGCUCUAGGUUGUCCACGUUUUCGUUUUUUAAUCAAAAAGCGAUUUAGGUUUUCCUAAAUUUAUUAAAAUAGGUUUAAAAAGGCAAAGUCAUCCACUACUUCGAAAUGAUUUUUUCCGCCGUGGAAAUCACAAUUCAGUUGUUUUUUAUACCCACCGGGUUACUCGCUAGCUCAAACACAUGUUACGAAGUCAGAGUUACGCAGAUAUUUCUUUAACCAAGUCAAACUACGAUAACAGACUACUGUGUAUUGUAGGACGAGCACAAGAACUCGUCAUUUGUUAAAACUCCGGCGGUUACGUGAGCGUUGACUGAUAGACUCACGAGUAUACACUUAUCAUUGGCUGUCCUACCUUAGAUAUUUCCUCCAGAGAGUGUUCUGCUGGUAAAUAGCGCCUUCUAUGCAGUCACAAAAGGCUCCGUGAAAACGACUUUCCCCUAAUCUCUUUUCACAGUCGAAGGGAGGUGCACGUUUUCGUCUGAAAUAUAAGACAAAGUUCAAAAAUAGAAACAAUUUUUAAUCAUACCUAUGUGAAUUUAACUCAAAAAAUGCAGUCACUUAAUUGACUUACAGGAGCGUGCCAAAGGUGUUCCAAUAUCUAGCGAAACAUAUGCAGUUAAUAAAAAAGCGAAGCUGUUGGAAGAAAUCUACGUUAAAGCUCCGCCACUUACCGUCUUACGCACGCAAUACACAGCACAUUUAUUUUCACAUCAGUGUGCUGUCGCCAAAGUGUCGCAGGAAAACUCCGGCAGUACGAGUUUUAUCACGAGCGAAAUUGUGCUUGGCAUCAAGGGUGUACAUGGCCAUUAGAGGAGGCAGAUUUUCCCGUUCGGUCGAAAUAUACGGCGUUGCAGGCAUUGCAUGGAAUCUGGUGGACGUCUUCCAUCCCUUGCUAUCGGGCACAUCUUCGCCUGGGAUAAAUCUCGAAUCGUUGGAGUUUGCACCUCCAGAAGGCCGAGAGUUUCUUGAAGCCAUGCACUCGGAGAUCAUUUUCUCCCUAAGGUCGACGAAAGUAUCGUCCACAUACCGCGCCAAAAAUAUUGGUUUGUGGGUCGCAUACAACAACGUCUCUAACUUUUGAAGUACCACCUCCACUAUGAAACCAGAUAGCAGCGAGCCCAUCGAAGUUCUUUGAUUUGCUCUUAGGCUGUUCUCUCAAAAGUGAAGUAGGUCUUGGGGCCGAAAUUGGGCAGUUGGAUAAGGCAUCUUUGUAAUAUUGACUCUCAAGUACACCGGCAGUUCACCGGCAAUUUCAAUCCCAAGACUCUGAGGAAUUGAGAUGAAGAGUGAUGUAACAUCAAAUGAUACUAUGACUUCAUCUGUGUCAAGGUGUAUCCCGUGGAGUCUUUCCAAGAAAUGUACGUCUGAGUGGACCGUCUUGUAGAAGCCUGAUGUGAGAAAGCUCAGACGCCGGAACAGCCAUUUGGCCAGGUUGAGUGUUUCGCGCAAAUGUACAAUAGGGGGAAGUGAAGAACCAAAUUUGUGCAUUUCAGGCAGCCCAUGGAAUCUUGUCAUGUUCAGACGUUCUGCUUUUGGGAUGGCACUGUUAUUCUGUAACCCAGCGAGCUUCGUGUUGAUUCGUGCCACUAUUGCACCCGACGGUCAUCGAAUAGGCGUUGGCCUUCCGAAGGUAGUCAGACCUGUCGAGUACUACUGUGGAAUGUCCCUUGUCGGCUGGCAGUUCUACGAUGCUCCUGUCCGUCUUCAGCGUCUCGAGGACGUUUUGCUCCGCUCUCAGAAUUCCCACACGUGGUUUGUGCGCCAACAGCAAGAACUUGACUUACUGUCCGAUGGGAUGUUUUGUUUCGUCCGGCUCCUUGGAGGGCUUAAAGACCGACUCAAUGCUGGCCAAAAUGUUACCCGAAUCGGCGUCCGCUGCGUUGAGGCAUACUGCAUGCUUUAGCGCUUGGAACUAAACCGACGUCUAGAUUUCAGUCCUCUGGCUCGAUUGUCGAUCACUCGCUUCUACAGUGUUGCACCGUCCUCUGCAAUGCGCUCUGAACACUUCUGAAUUAUCCGGCUCAAGACUUUGCGGUAUUUCUGCAGCCGCACCUGGCAGUCUUGGUCAUUCGCCUGUCACGUUGCAUCACCCAUUGCUUCGCUAUCCCUGUGUUCACCGGCGAUAUGUAGGCAGAUAAGUUCUUUGGAGUAGGUUGCGAACUCUGUUGCAUAUAAAUUCCACGUUGCAUCCCAGACCGUCGUCAGACGUGAAGUAACUGCGCAAAACAAUUGAAAUCGGCCUCACUAUGCAAACGUGAAUACCAAUUGACAGAAAACUGACGAGGCUGUCUGCCGCAAGUUGACCCACCGAUGAACAUCUGGGUCUUUAAUUAGUACCUGUGUUGUGAGUAAGAUAGUCACCUUCGCCAAAUGUGGGUAUGCAAAGAUAAGGGAAAUUGUGGAGGCCGUUUCUGACUUACGAGCCGGCCACAUCCCAUCUCGGGUUUGCAGUCUGUGAGGCUCGAACCUGCUCCCUCUUGGUUAGAAGGUCAACACUGCUUACCUUUGGAACCUAAGACUCGUUGUCUGUUGGUUUAGAUCGAUUAGAUUAACAACAUUAGAGGACGUGGUGCUUACCGACUGCUAACAUUCUUGAUCGCGACCAACAGGAUGGCGAACCUGUGGAUCAAUGGUUCGGGUGUUGGACUUCUGACCAGAAGCACCCGAAUUCUCAAACCUCAGGGGUAGCAAAACCUCGGGGGUUAGGUAUGACUGGCGUGAGGAGUCGGUGGCGUGUGAUAUAUAUUUUGCGCAUUUGGCGACAUCUACGCGAGGAGCAGAUUCAUGCAGGCUUGCUUCUGUCGUGGAAAGUAGGAUGGCUCUUUAGUGAGAUUCGGAAUGAUCGGAUGUUGAUUUGGGGUGGGCACUGUGGCCCACACCCUUACAAUAAUCGUUCAGGUUUACAUUUCAGUUGAUGUUGGCAAUAUUAUAAAUGAUACGAUGAAACCUAUAGCCACCUGGACUUAUUAAAUACUCAUUUUUAAUGUUUUACAUCCCACGGGAGAACUUGUUUCUAUCCAGGGUAGAAUAUGAGAGCAUAUAGUCUCCCUGCAGCGGCCUUUGUGGCAUGUUAUGGACGUCCAAUCUGAGAUCGCCCCUUUUCGGGGCUAUCGUGUGGAUUUUCGUGAUCUGGUUGUGAAGAUGGGCCACUUGGCCUUGUCAGCUAGCGCAGAUGCUGCUUCAGUCACGUGCAUGUCGACACGGCGGCUGUUCUCCUCGUUUGCGACGAUAGAACGAUAAGUGUCGAUCAACUGUGCUAUGCGCGGAGUCAGUUCAGUGUCCAGUCAAUGAACAUAUCGACCAAUAGCGGUUCCCCAAAAAGAGCACACAAAGGUUUUCGCUGAGGGAAAUGCCAAUAGUGCGACUGCCUGAAAUCGAAACUCAGAUUAGAUUAUCCCAUACACCACCCCUUUUUAAUCGGUGUUUAAUAGGCUUCUGAAUCUACCAUGAAUGCGACAGAGUAUGAGUUGACCUAUGACUUUGAAUGGGCAGAUCUUUUGCAUUGCGCGAAGGACCAACCUUCUCGGUUAUUGACAGAACCAGAUUUAAAGAGGCGCUGAACAUACAAAACACCUGAAGUUGUGACCAGACGAAUCUAUGGUAUCCUUUGAUGUUGCUUCAUCUUUCAGCACCAUCCCACAACAAAUAGCAAUUGGCGUUGUAAAGCAACUUCUGGUUAAAUGAUGCGACCGGAGGAGCAGGCGCCUGAAAUCCGAGCUUCUUCGACAUUUUAUUAAAACCCAUUUCACACUUAGUGGGCAAAUGUAUGAACAGAUUAAAGGCAUUCGGAUGGGCUCCGCCUAUCAGGCCUGCUGGCUACCUACUUCGCAAACGAAGCGAGCAGCCGGUUUUCACGAGGUAUUAGCCAAAGUUCUGGGCUCGCUAUAUCAGUAUCAGUUUCAGCACUAUGAAGACGUCUGAGAUUAAACAUGUUGAAGAAGUACUGAACUCGAUUGACUCGAACAUCAGUUCAUGACGACAGCUAAAACAGACAAUAAACUUCCCUUCUUCGAUGUCCUUAUGCAACGGUGUGCCACUGGGCAAUUACAAACUACAGUUUUCGAAAAAACCGCCAGCAUAGAGCAAAUAGUACACUUCGACAACCGCCCCUCCCUGUUUCACAAAUAAAUCUUUGUCGGACUCUAUUUCAAGGGGUGGAAUCACAUUGCAGCGCACCAGCAAAAAAAGCAGCUGGACGACAAUACCUUCAUGACAUCUUUCGGGCCAAUAAAUGCCCAAGCAAUUGUACCAAGCAAAGCGAAUGCCGAGUGAACAGACGACGGCCACAAUAACAGCAAACAUAAGUCCGGAGAACUAUUUCUUGCACUAAGGGAGCCUCCGAGGCGGUUUCACGACUGUUACAACCCGCCAGAGUAGGCAUCGCCCAUGGACCCCAGGCAACGAUUCGUCGCCGUUUGAUGCAACCUAAAGACAUAGCGCCGCUCACUGAAACCUCCGCAGUUGUCUAUGAAAUACGUUUAACGAUGGAGACUGCGACUAGGUUGGCGAAACUGGGCGGAAAUUGCAGACCCGCCUACACGAUCAUAAAUGGGCAAAUCGGAGACUGGACCCGAUCUCACGGCCUGCGACUCACAUCGGACGAAUUAACCACAGUUUAGACUUUCAAGAAGUAAGCGUCUUAAGUCGGGGCACCUCAGCAACUGAACGUCUCACACUUGGGGCUGGGUACCCAGAUGGCAACUCCAUCAGCAGGCAUCUUGAUCUUCCUGCGGCCUAUAAAGUCAUUUGCCACCACAUACUCCAUGACCAGGAUGAGACGGUCGCACGGAGUUUACGAAACGCCUAGCAAACGCGGCCUGUCGAUUGAAUCAUCUAAAAGGGGAAUACAGGUGCAACUGACCCCCAGUGAGGUGAAGACACAGAACACAGGAGGCUGCCAAAAUUCAUGACAAACGGUCAGAAGGCCAAGGCAGCGAAAGAAGAACAAAAUCGAUCAGUCCGAGGAAAACUACUUUAGCCGUUUUCUAGAAAUUCCAGAGAACCGACCAAACCCUCCAACACCAAUCACUUCCUGUUCCACAAGUACAUCUUUGUCGGAGUCUAUUUCAAAGAGUUAAAACACAUUAAAGUAUGCCAGCCGACAAAAGGGUUGAACGACGCUGGCUUUUUGAUGUCUUCUCGACUAAUAGAUAUUCAGAAUAUGCUACUCGGAACAACUUCUCAUUCUUGGAGCGCAACUCCUGGACUCUCAUUUUUGAGAAGCCGAAAAGUCAUUUAAGCAUGCUUUUAACAGGCUUUGGUCAAAAAAGGCAGGCCGGGAUGUGGACGCAAUCGCCUUCUCAAGCAUUACACUGACUUCUGCUACUGGAUUCCUACUGUAAGGAUUAGCUCACUCACGACCAAAGGGACUCUCAUACCUGUGGGUGCUGCAAUACAGCUGCAAUUUCGAGAAGUGAGAUAGAGAGAGUGAGAUAUGGCGCUGUAGCCUGUGAGACAUACAAGCGUGGGUGUCGAUGCACGCACCUAUCGGCCCUGCUAGCGAAGGAUACCGAGUUGGCUCGCAAGUGUGACUCUGUCAUCGGUCGCGGGGCACGUUGCAGUGCACCCCUGUACACUUUUUCAUUCUUGGCUUGAAAGGCCCGUUAAUUUGAUUUUUCUUGCUUGCUUGACUAGAACAGUAGGGCUAAUCAUGCACCGGGGGGUAAUUUGCGCCUCCGCAAGGACCUUUUAACAAGGAGGACCACUCGGAGUGUCCAGACAGUUUGUUUGCGGGCAGGUCCGGAUGAGUCCACUGCCAAUAUAACCUGCAUGAACAGGGACGGAAAGACUUCAAGUGUUUUUGUUUAGAAGAAAUGGUGGCGAGCGAACGUUGCUUUCGAUAACUUCUCGUCAGACCAGUACAGUUAUAUAGGACGGGGUACGGUAAGUGAAAAAAUCGAUAAAAGGUAGUUUUUUAAAAAUACAGGCUAGGCAAAAGCGGAAGGGCGCAGAAAGUUGUAUGUGGUUAGUCAACCCUUGACCACGGCAAGGGUGGAGCCUGAACGAGGUUCUUCUGAGCGCAUAGGGCCGGUUUUCGUAACCUGAUGGCAGCCGCUUCUGCUGUUCCUAACAUGCGCUGGCCCAGUAGCUCGAAGGGACCUUGUAAAUCACACGAAAUGCUUCAGCGGGGUCCAAACGAUGCCCUGAAUCCACUGCAUGCGCAAGGAUAGCGCUGUCUAUUCUCCUAGUUUCAACUUUUUGCCAACCAUGCAGAAAGGUGCUCUCGUAUUCUUUUGAAAAGACGCCGACUCGAACGACCAACACAACCUGCUCUACAGGAACAAGUGAAUGAGUAGAUGUACAUUGGGGUGGUUUGAAGUGUCAGCCUAUCCUUGCCUUCUCCGCGUAAAAUAGGGUUAGUGUAGAAUGAUGUACGGACCCCUGCUGCUGGGAAGGUUUCAGAGACAGCUUGGUCAAGGCGUCUUCUUAGGAGUUCACCUGCAGCGUCUCCUUGGAAAGGGACUUUGAGGAACAACGUUUUCUUUUCGGCGUCAGUGUGGUGGGUUUUGCGGGUCGUUCGGCAAGGUUCUUUGUAAUAAACCUGUCAGGAUACCCGUUUUCGCGAAGCAAGUCCUAGAUUUUUCUAAGUUCCUCCUCGAUACCAUCUGUUGAACACAUCUUUGUAGCCCUUUCUGCCAAGCACCUGACUGGAUUUCGUUUUUGUUGGAGAGGUACGAAACUAGCGAAGUUCGUGUAUUGUCCAGACCAGGUUUUCUUCCGAUAGACGCUCUGUCAGAUGCCCGAAAGUGAGAGCGUUCUUUUUAACCUAACGAUGUAAGACAUUCGUUAUUUUGCCGGUUUAUGUUAGGGUAACCUAUGGAGUUUCUGUGAAAUUUGCACAGAUGGGCGGUCCGAGCCUCGCCUCCUGAAGGUAGCGUAUAUGUAGUGGAGACCAGGUCGUGUGUGGCACACGUAAACGGGCGCGGAGAGUGAGUGCGGAAGAUCCUGCGCAAGUCUCUGUUACCAUAAACUAAUUUACGCGAAAGUCACCGAUACUGCGCCGACUUUGUGAGAGCAUGCGGUGUACGAUGUCGCUUGCGCCUACCAAAUUUCGGGCUGAUGAAAAAUUUUUGAAAAUCUGCGGUGUUAGAAUUGUAGCCAGACUCCAUGAAGGGACGUGAAAUAACAACUUGUAAAGUCUGCGUACGGAGAAGAAAUGGAAGUCUUAGUUAGCAUGAACUAGUGAGAAAGAGAGUACAACCUCAUCCACACCCAGUUUGUCUAGCCAAAUCGCUUCCAAAUAGAGGUACUUCCAGUGCAUGAGUAUUUGUUUUCGUGCUCUGAGGAAUCGUCAACAAAUACUUGGGCGAAAUGUGCGAUGAUUGCACCGGAAUUCCGUCGACUGUCAUAACUAAAAACAUGCACUGGUUCUAUAUGUCCAGGGCUUUGGUAAAAAAUUUUAAAUACUUCACACAGAGCUUCCAAAUUCUCGCCGACGAAACCUAUCGCGGGAAAAUGGAAAAAUCUUUGCACAUACUAGGAGUGCACACCGUAUCUCAUGGGAUCAUUAUCGUAAAGGAAAUACAAUUAAUUCCGAAAGCUGUCUUAACAGCCCAGACCUUGCAAGGCGGAAGCUAUGAAUUAUGUUUCUAACAGCCUAUAUAGCUUGAUGUUUUGCGCAACACUGUAUCCAGAAGCAACAGGGAGGAGUCUUUUUUCAUUGUAAUCGGUAAUGAUAUGUUCGGCGCGAAUGCUAAAGCCAACAAACUAGGACCAGUUAAAAGUCUUACCGCUUGUCGCUUAAAUGAAGUUAGUAGUAUAUACUCCCGUGUUUACUCUUAUUUAUGCUAAUAAAUGUGAUUGUAUUUACUUCUAGUCUACGUCCAUGUCAUCAUACUCCUCCCAAGAGUACUCGUGUGUCACCGUAAGUUGCAUGCAACCCCUUCUUACCAUUAUUUAUAAAGCGGUCCAAGACCUAAAUCGUGCUUCACUGACCACCCUAGUCUAGUAAAAGCGCAAUGACCCUCCCCCUCUCAUAUUCGGUGCUGAGACGGCCUAAGAAGCCUAAUUUACCUGAGGGGUGUGCGCAGACGAAGACUGUUUCCAACAUCGGGGUCGGCCAGCCAACAUGGUUCAUAGACCUGAAGCCAUUAACGACUUAAAUGCAAAAAACCGAGCUAUUCUCACUGAACAAUAGGCCUCAUAAGGAUGCAUAUUAAAGCGCGACAUAAACGCGCUUUUGAUAAAUGAACUUGCAAGUUCUAUUACUCUGGAAAAAAUUUGGGCUAAGACGCAGCGCGGUAGGACUUCCUACAAUACACAUGCUAGAAUGUCAGUUCCAAGACCCCGAAAUGUCAUGGUAAAGCAUGUGAUGUUAUUACCACUGAUUCCUGUUCUGCUUACUAAUCAGAAUGUUCCAGCGGACGAGUUAUUCUCUCUUUCUCCAGUGUAUAUGUACUUUGAGGUUUAUUUAAGAUAUUUCCAACAUUCAUAAUCAAGCGUUGGUGCUAAGUGUUUACGGCAUCCCGCUGAAGGAUGCGCUUCGAUGGGCAGUAAUAAGGCCGACUACCAAUUAAAGGCGAUUUAACAGAGGGCGCUUUAAUCUACAAGGUCCAUGAGUAGACUCCGAGGUGUUUGAAGCGUGCAGAAUUAGAAAUACCGAAUCCAGGGGUUCAGAAGAAGAAGAUGUGAUCACUGGGACAAGAGGGCUAUUAUCCUGGCGUUUCAGAUUCUCACUCGACGGUCGUAGAUAGGUCCGAGUGAGAAUCAGAAACGUCAGACCAAUAAAACUUUUGUCCCAGUGAUUGCAUCUUCUUCUUCUUCUUCUUCUUCUUCUUCUUCUUCUGAACUGCUGCCUGCAACUCACCUGUUUGCUUCUUUCAGAAUCCAGAAAUUUCAGUCCUAUGCUCCCUGGAGUGCUGUGAAAUAGCAACCACUGAGAAUAACUAAAAGCAAGAAACUAAUUAGGCCCUGCAAGGGGAGAGCGGAAAAUCGUAAAGCAACGGCAGAGCAGAAAAUGCCCAGUGGAAUUCAUAUUGACCCACUGUGAAAAACUCGGCGCCUCGGUGGGAUUCGAACCCACGCAGUAAGGGGGAAGGCUUUAGUACAGCCAACGCUCUAACCACCUGAGCUACGAGGCCCCGCCGGACGACGCGAGUUUUAUCACACUUGGGAUUUCACAGCGAAUGCCCUAUGAAACAAAAAUAGAUGAGGAGUGUGCAUAAGAGUAUCUGAGGUUACUCGCUGUCGUUUUGUUCUGAGGGUGUGUGAUAUGGAAGUUAGAUUCUCACAGCACUCCGGUCAUGCCGGCCAUUUGUAAGCAUUUCUGGGGCCUUGGAAAACUCCUGAUUGCAUGCAUUUUUCCGAGUUUAUAUUCCUAUGAGUCUAUUUGGUGCGAGAAUACAGCGGCAUGUUCAGUGCACUUGGUGCGACUUGAGUGCUUCUAAGCGACUGAAACCGCCCACGCAUAUCAAUACACGCACAAAUAUCAGUCUUGGCUAACAGAUGAGCAAAAGCAGCACUUAUUCACCGCAAUAGGGUGUUUUGAUUUCGCUCGAGGUUUCGGGUCCACACUCGAAACCGGCAGGAGCCGAGAUAGGCAAGGGGUUCACAAGCAGUGGCAGUAUUUACGGGCUGCCCUGUUUAUUGGCCCUUUCCUCAAUUGUGCUCGUGCUUGCCGUGAUAAUUAAUUGAUCUGAGGUGUCCCAGCCGAACAUCAGGCCCGCAGCUGCGUGGUAACGGCAUCCAAUAAACACUACAGCUCUGUGCCAGGUCCGACUAUAAGUCCUUGACUUCAAAUUCAGAAAGUCGCUGUUUCUACAACAAGUGCGUGAAUGAUCAGGCCGAGGAUACGAGAAGCGUUAGAUACGUUCAGCAAAUUAAAAAAAGACCGUUCGUGACUGAAAUUUAAUCUUAAAAGACUCCUGUACGAACAGAGACCACGGGUAAGUCGAACUGCCAGUAGACAAAAAAGUAAGUACCUUUUCAAUGUAGUAAGCUUUUUUCUUGGUGUCGAAAGUCAAUAUUGGUGUGGUUGAAUAGUUCGUAAAACAUGCAAACCGUCCGUGUUGUUUUUUUCCGGUAUUCUGGAACCAGGGUCCAGAAAGACGGGUCGUGAUCUUCUCUAAGCGAGAUAAGAGAAGGGUUACUGAGUUAGUUUGAAUCGUUUCCCUUGUUUUCCGUUUUGUCUAAAGUAUAUAACUUGAUGUGGACGCUCAAGGUAAUGAUAAACCUUUAUGUCCCCUUUGUAGUCUUCCAUCUACAAAUCUGAUGAUGAUGACGACGACGACGACGCUAAAACCGUCAUUCCGGUAAGGAAGGAUUUCACAUAA